AAGAACCAGGUCUUGUUCAUUCUUCUCCAUCGCAAGACCAACCUUCAAGAAGAAAAAAGGUUUUCCCAUAAAUCCCAUCUUCAUCGUCUUCUUCAUUCUUCUUCCUGGCAUCAGUCACAACCGGAAUCUUGUACCGCCGACGGAAUCCCCUACGCCGUCGACUCUUCCGCAACCGCCGGAAAAGGCUCGGCACAAAAAACGAGGGUUUUGUAUAUAGAAAAUCGAUAAUUGCCUGUUGAAUAUGUUGGAGAUACGUUCAAACAAUUCCUAAUUCCCCUUCUUUUCUUCUGUUCUACGGUGGCGUCAGCAAAUAUCGAAAUGGUCUUGUGACCUUUAAGAGACCAGCUUUUUUCAACCCCAAGAUUAAUUUCCGGCGUGUUAAAUUGAACCAAGAUCAACAAAAAGAGAAGGAAAUAAAGAAAUAAUGUUUGAAGGAUUGGUGAGGCAGUUGAUAUUGGGAUACCUUGGCCAAUAUAUUAAAGACAUCCAAAAAGAGCAGCUCAAAAUCACCCUUUGGAAUGAGGAAGUAUUAUUAGAAAAUGUGGAGCUGAUUCUUGAAGCUUUUGACUACCUUCGGCUGCCAUUUGCGUUCAAACAAGGUCGGGUUGGGAAGUUAAGCAUAAAAAUUCCAUGGAAAAAACUUGGCUGGGACCCCAUUAUAAUCAUUUUAGAGGAAGUAUAUAUUUGCGUCUCUCAGAGGGAUGACACAGAGUGGUGCAUGGAUGCUGUUGAAAGAAGAGAAUAUGCAAGCAAAAAGGCCCAACUAGCGGCAGCAGAACUUGCAAAAUUAUCGAGACGCGUGUGCGACAAUCAGACUGGAAAAUCGUUCAUUUCAUACAUCACUGCUAAGAUUCUUGACAGCAUCCAAGUAUCCAUCAGAAAUGUCCAUGUCCUCUAUCGUGACACACUGAGUGCUAAGGAACACGUUGUAUUUGGCUUGAAGUUUUCAAGUUUGACGAUUACGAGGCAAACUGCUGCUGGAUCUUCAAGUGCAAAACUCAGAGGGGGUCAAGUCAACAAAUUGAUUGAAGUUCAGAACUUAGAACUUUACUAUGAUACUUUUGAGAAAACUGAUGAUUCGAAUACAGAGAAUGUGGUGGGUUACAAGAACAUGGGGAGGGAAUUGCUAAAAGAGGACAAUUAUUCCUCUUUGUUAGCUCCACUGAAUGUAUCAGUGUCUCUGUCGGUAAACAGAUCAGGUAAACUAUUAAAUGAUGCUCCACAAUAUAAUAUGGAUGUUGAGUUGGCUCGUGUGACCACCUUAAUGGACGAGGUUCAGCUGCAACAGAUACUGUCUCUUUGUGACUAUAUGUCUUUAAGUCGAUUGAGAGAGAAAUAUGGACGUUAUCGUCCUUGGUGGAGCCCUAUAGGGAAAAGGCUGAAGGGAUGGCAGAAAUUAUGGUGGCACUACGCUCAGAAGUCUGUUCUUUCUGAUGUUCGAAAGAGUUUGAGAAAGACAUCCUGGAAGUACUUAGGAGAGAGGCUGAACUCUCGCAGGAAGUAUGUCAACUUGUAUAAGGCCAAAUUGAAAUGCCUCAGACACGAUCAGGUGGUGGAAGAUGAUGUUCAGCACAUUUUGGAGGAAAUGGAGAAAGAAACUGAUAUAGAUGACAUUUUGAAUUACAGAUCUGUUGCUGAAUGUGAACUAGAGGAUUUCUUGGUAAAUCCAGCAUCUAGAUAUGGGAGCAAUGAUGGAAAUGCAGACAUUGAAGAUGACCACCCCCCUACCAAGCCCCGUGGAUGGUUGAAUUGGCUAUCAUAUGGCAUGCUUGGCGCUGGGGGGACAAAUGAUUCUAAUCAAUUUUCUGGUGUGAUUUCAGAUGAUGUGAUCAAGGACAUAUACGAGGCAACAAAGUUCCAUCCUGCUCCUGCGUUAAUUGGGGAUUCUGCUAUGGUGGAUGAAGUUUAUUUUUCUUCAGUGAAAAUCAACAUUUCUGAAAUUCAUACUAGGCUUCUGAGCAUGGAGCUGGGAGGGGCUAUAGCUGAUUUGACGCUCCAUGGAAUUUAUGUUGAAGGAAAGGUCUGGGAGAAAUCGGCAACUAUUAUCACCUUUGUGAACUCUGCUCAGUUGCUUAAUCCAUGUAAUAAUCUAGUUGCUUUGUCCACAGAAAAGGUCAAUUCCGAGGAUAUUGUUCUUGAAAAGCAGCAGCCUUUUUUAAAUGUCAAAUUCGAUCUUUCACCUCCAAGUGCUGAUGUUACUUCGUCUGUGAAGGUGAUCGUUAGUCCAAUUGAAAUGUUCUGUGACUCAGAAUUUGUGAAGAAUAUUCUGGAUUUCUUACAUAUUCUGCAGAACUUCAGCUUUCACCAGCAAAGGAUUUUGCUGUCGUUGAAUGACAUUGACAACACUGACUCACGAUUUCAAUCAAAAAUUGAUUAUGUUUUAUCAAGUCGUAAGAAAAUGAUAUGGGAUAUCAAUCUUAUCAAUACUGUCGUCAAAAUACCUUGUGGAAGUGCUAACACUGAAGAACAUAACAUGGUAAUUGAAGUAGCAACUGUCUGCUUCACUUCCAAAACUGAAAUACACUAUUCUGGUUCUCACAUGGGAGAUAGGUCUGUUUCCAUUGAAGAUACCAGAAUGGGGUUUCAGAUUGAGGAUCUGUAUGAUCAUUUUGGCAUCCAGAUAAAUGAUGCAAAGAUAAACCUGAUGAUGUCUUCUUCUGCAACUCUCCCUCUUUUAGAGAAGUUUAGUGCUACUGCAGACUUGGUAUCCUGUAUUUUACCCGAUGAACCAAUCCUCAAAGGAUUGGAGGUUCGAGUACAGGUUCAAUCACUUUAUGUUCACUUCUCUGCUUCCAUUUAUGGGGAACUUAUGGGAUUCGUUAAGCAGUUUAAUACGCUUCUUCCUCCAUCGAACUCCAAUGCUUCACUUGAACCUUCAUCAAAUGUAUUGCAGACCUCCGUUCAUCCCUGGUUUUCUAUUGAUGUUAAUAUGGAUGCAGUUUAUUUGUUAGUUAAUCUUGAAGAAAGUGUGGCUGAUGGCUGCACCCUGAACCUCCACUGUCAGAAUCUAGCCAUCUGGUACGACCAAAGAGAUUUUCCAGAGUGCUGGGCCUCUGUGGAGACUUGUCGGAUCACUGCUAGUUCCCCAAAAGAUGAUUUUGCAAACCAUGUACUUUGCUCCACUGGAAAUAUGCUGGGCUCUGAAUCUUUAAGUCAGUGCAGUAUGGGUGUGAAUAUUGCUGGUCCAAACAGAGAGUUGGGUCCUGGAAGUUCAAUUGUUGAUGGGUGCAUUGUUCUGCAUCUUGAAGCCCUCAGAAAUACAAAAGGAUUUCUUCAACAGUACACAAUAUAUGCAAAUAAUAUUGACAUUCAUUGCUAUCCAUUAAUUGUUGGGAAGUUGGUUCGAUUUUCAGAUAAUAUAGUAGUGUACGGAGAAUCUGAUAUUGAAGGCAGGAAACCAGGCCUGGAAGAUGAAAAGUCAUGGAGACAUGGUUUUGAAGCCCACGAUCUUUUGGAUGAAUUUGAAUGUCACAUGAGUUUGUUGGUUCGUUGCGACAGUCUGGAUUUGUCAAUCUCAAACCACAUUCUUUACCUCCUUCACUUUACAUGGUUUGCAAAAUCAGAAGAAACACCUUCUCAAUUUAAAUUCAAGAGAAUGGACAUUAAAGUGCAACUAAGGAAAUUUUCUCUUCUUUUAACGGAUUGGAAGGGGAAUUCUAAUGGACCAUUGCUGGAGUUUUUGCUGAGAAACUCAUAUUUUUGGUCCACUGUAAUUGAGGAUGAAAUUGAAGGAUCGGUUGGUUGUGAUUUUCAAGUGAACUACUACAGCAUUGACAAGGUCUUGUGGGAGCCUUUUUUGGAGCCUUGGAAAUUUCAGUUGAGUAUGAGUAGGAAGCAGGACGAGAACGCUCUCUUUAGUGGCGCUAUGAUGUCAGACAUCAAUCUUGAAUCUAAGACGAAUCUCAAUUUGAAUCUAAACGAAUCCAUAAUUGAGGUCGUUUCGAGGGCAAAUGAGAUGAUGAAGGAUGCAUGGAGCUUUAUGGAGACAGAAAGUUCACAUAUCUCAAGUUUUGAAAUAAUGAAAGGUCCAGAGACGAGAAGAUAUGCUCCAUACAUGCUACAAAAUUUAACUACUGUGCCUCUAGUUUUUUGUGUUUGCCAAAGGAAACUUGGGGCUGAUGAUUUGGAUGUGUCUCCAUCGAAAGGUGUCCUGCAACCUGGUUCUUCUACACUUGUUUACAUCAAUGAAUCACCCGAGGACCUACUUUUCCGCUAUAGACCAGUGCAGUCUUCUGAUAAACUCAAUGACAAGCAAUUACUUGAGGCAGCACAUAGAUAUGUUACUUUCCAACUGGAGGGUACCUCUGUACCUUCAGCCCCUAUUUCAAUGGAUCUUGUUGGCCGCAGAUACUUCGAGGUUGAAUUUUCCAAAUCAUCACAUGUUUCGGAGAUAUAUAGCGAUGUAAAUUCUACGAAAAGACAUAAAAAAGUUGAAGGAGAUGGUGGGACAGAUGCAGUUAGAGGGUUUGCAAUUCCUGUAGUGAUUGACGUUUCUGUACAGCGGUUUACAAAAUUGAUGCGAUUAUAUUCAACAGUUGUAAUUUUAAACUCAACUUCUUUGUUGCUUGAAGUCCGGUUUGAUAUUCCAUUUGGUAUUGCUCCAAAGAUUUUAGGCCCGAUAUAUCCUGGCCAAGAGUUUCCUCUCCCUCUUCAUCUGGCUGAAGCAGGCUGCAUUCGUUGCCGUCCUCUUGGCGAUUCACACCUAUGGAGUGAAGCUUAUAAUAUCUCAAGUAUUAUAAAUGCCUGCCUCCAGUUUGGAAGAAUGAAAGGGUUAUAUUCGCCAGUUAAUGUUGAUAGGGGUAUACAAUCUCAUAAACUUCAUAAUCCAUCCUCCCACAGUUUGGAGAUACCAAGGAAUCGGUUUCUGUACCAACGGUUGCGGAUUUACCAGCAGAAAUGUGAAUCUUUUGAAACAGCAAUCCACCCUUACACAUCUUCCCCGUAUGCUUGGGACGAACCCUGUUAUCCUCGUCGUCUUAUUGUUGAGGUGCCAGGUGAACGUAUCUUAGGAUCAUAUGCUAUUGAUGAUGCAUCAGUUCAUUCACUUGUGUACCUAUCUGCAACUUCAGAGAAACCUGAAAGAAAUUUGCUUAUUUCUGUACAUUCUGAAGGAGCAAUUAAGGUUCUCAGUAUUAUCGAUUCAAGUUACCAUGUUUUGAAUGAUCUGAAGAGCCUUCAUGUCCCUCAGUUGAAAGAUAAAGGAAAACAAACUAUGAAGUAUGAAUCUUUUAUUAAUUACAAGGAAAGGUUUUCAGUUGAGAUCCCAUUUCUGGGAGUCUCUUUGAUGAAUUCUCGUCCUGAGGAGUUGCUCUUUGCAUGUGCUAAGCACAUGAAGAUUAACUUUGUGCAGAGCUUGGAUCAGCAACAGUUCUCCCUACAAAUUGCAUCUUUACAAAUCGAUAACCAAUUACGUACAACACCAUAUCCUGUAAUCCUAUCCUUCAACCGUGGAAACAAGGGCAUUGAUAGUGCACUCAUCAGUAGAAGUAUGACUCAAAUAUCUUCUUCAAACAUGUAUGAACCAGUAUUCUCCUUAGCUGUCGCCAAGUGGAGAAACAGUGAUAGAUCACUGGUUUCUUUUGAAUCUAUUAUACUAAGAAUAGCAGAUUUUCAUCUUGAGAUUGAGCAAGAAAUUGUGUUGAGGUUGUUUGAAUUUUGCAAAACUACAUCUUCAAGGUUACAGAGCAGAGGUUUUCAGCGUGUGGAUUCCACAUCGAAUUUACUGUUUCCUGAGUCAGAUUUUACUGAUUUUACACUGCUUAAUGACGAUCAAAAAAGAAGCUUUUUGCUACCCCAAAUGGUCCCAAUUGGAGCUCCUUGGCAGCAAAUUGAACUUGCCACAAGAAAGCAGAAUAAAAUAUAUGUUGAGUCGCUUGAUAUGGGGACAAUCAAACUGACUUUGAGCUUUUCUAGCAGUCCAUGGAUCCUCAGAAAUGGUGUUCUUACAUCGGGAGAAUCUCUUAUUCAUAGAGGUCUUAUGGCUCUUGCGGAUGUUGAGGGAGCCAAAAUUAAUUUCAAGCAGUUGCUUCUAUCACACCAGAUAGCCAGCUGGGAAUCCAUUCAAGAGAUCCUUGUUAGCCAUUACACUCGACAAUUUCUACAUGAAAUGUACAAGGUUUUUGGCUCAGCCGGUCUUAUAGGAAAUCCUGUGGGUUUUGCAAGAAGUUUAGGUCUUGGAAUCAAAGAUUUUUUCUCCCUUCCCAUGUGGAGCGUUUUCCAGAGUCCAGCUGGAUUAAUGACAGGUAUGGCCCAAGGUACAAUGAGUCUUCUCAGCAAUACAGUUUACGCAGUGAGUGAUGCUACAAGUCAAUUCAGCAAAGCUGCACAUAAGGGUAUUGUAGCAUUUACGUUUGACGACCAGACUGCGAUAAUGGUUGAUAGGCAACAGAAAGGAAUGUCUUCACAUAGCAAAGGAGUAAUAAAUGAAUUCCUCGAGGGACUUACUGGUGUACUCCAAUCACCAAUCAAAGGUGCCGAAAAACAUGGCCUACCAGGAGUUCUAUCAGGUAUAGCUGUAGGUGUAACCGGACUUGUUGCAAAACCAGCAGCCAGUAUACUUGAGGUCACUGGAAAAACAGCACAGAGUAUCCGAAACCGAAGUAGGAUCCACCAAAUGGGGUAUCGUUGUUUAAGGGUCCGUUUACCAAGGCCUUUGAGUGCGGAAUCUCCCUUAAAGCCUUACUCUUGGGAGGAAGCAAUUGGCACAUUUGUACUCGCUGAAGCAGAUAUGAAGCUGAGGGAGGAGACAUUAAUCAUGUGUAAACCACUUAAGCAAUGCGGUCAAUAUGUUUUGAUAACUCGAAGACUUAUCUUAAUAGUUGGCUGCUCCAGUUUAGUGGAAUUGGGUAAACCGAAUUUCGAGGGUGUCCCUUCUGAUCCCAAGUGGGUGAUAGAAUCAGAAAUAGGAAUGGAUGGUGUAAUUCUUGCAGACAAUGAUGGAGAGGUGGUACACAUUGUGGGGAGUGGCUCAGAUACAUCGUUCAGACAGAGUCUUCAAGGAAACGAAGCAAAGGGGAAACUGAGGCACAAUUUUCAAGCUCCACUCCCUCUUCUGCAGACCAACUUAGAGUUCAACUCUUCAGAGGAAGCAGACGAGUUCUUGAGAGUAUUGAGGUGUAUGAUCGAACUGGGAAAAGAGCAAGGCUGGGGUUCUCUAUAUAUUUUGCACCAGAACAAAGUAUCAUCAACUAGGAGGACUUAACCAAACUGUGUCGCUAUUGUAUAUGUUUGUCUGUUGUUUGCUUUGUGUUCUAACUGACCAGUGUUCAAAUCAUAGUGUGUUUUUUGGGGCAGUUUUGUAAAUUAGGUUUCUUUAUUAUUUAUCUUCUUGUGGUCCAAGUAGGGGGAUGAAAAAGGAAAAAGAGAGAGCGCCAUUUAUUUAAAUGGAGGUAUUGCCAACAUGUUUGAGUUUGAUCUUUGUUACUUGCCAUAUAAUAAAUACAUCCCAUGCCAUGGAUUAUUUCAAA